AUGGUCCGUCUGACGUCCGCCCUGCUGCUGUGUCUGGCCGGCCUGGCGGCGGCCGCAACAAGCUGGCCGCCGCACAGCCAUCUCAGCCGCCCGGGCUACCGCCACCCGAUCUACGUGUUCAGCCAGUGGGGCAAGGCCCACCGCGCCAGCGCAUCGGGCCCCGACUCCCCCGCCGAGCCGAACCCCGACUCUGCCAGCGGGCCCGAACCCGAAUCCCCCGCCGAGCCGGACGGCAGCGAAUCGUCCGCCAUCGGCGCCACCGACGAGCUGUUCUUCUCUUGGCGUGACAUGGAUCUGGACCCGCGCGAUAGGUACACGUGGCAAGAGGCUAAGGACCAGUGCGAAUCGCGUAACCUAAGGCUCGUGUCUCUGGACACCCGUGAGAAAAACGACCGUGUCGCCGACCAGAUCUUCGAUGACGACGUGGCCUACAGCUGGACGUCCGGAAGACAGAACUCCGCCACCGACUUCGUCUGGGGCAACGGCCGGCUUGUGUCGGAGGGCUUCACCAACUGGAGCCCGACGGGCGGCGACGGCUUCCCACAGCCCGACGACCGCGAAGGCCCCGAGGACUGCCUGGCCGUCAUCAACAACGCGUAUGGGGACGGCGUUGUCUGGCACGACAUCCUAUGCUCCCGCGAGAAGCACUUUGUCUGCGAGAAGUAGAAGAGGCUCUGAAUAACGGCGGGGCGGCCGGCAGCCGCCGUCGCCGCCGCCACCACCCGAUAUGUGCAACGAGUUGGGCAAGCGAACCGGACGCCGAUCAGCCGUCACGUGACAUUUCGCACACGCUGUGACGAAACAGAUCCGACCAGUGUCAGUGGGGUUUUAGACCUGCCUUGCUUGCACUGUGUUCCUGAUUUCACAAACGAGAUGAUCAGGAUGUUCUCACUUUAACUCUGAUGAAGCGAAAACCGAGACGAACAUGCUGACCCCGGCGCCCAUCCCAUCACUGGGAUCUCGCUGAACCGUGAUCUGCGCUAUGGGGAUCGAGUGCGUGCCUGUGACAUAUUCCGGCCAUGCUACGCUGUGGGGAGCGAGUGCGUGCCUGUGACAUAUUCCGGCCAUGUUACGCUGCGGUAAGCUAUGCAACGCGUGAGAUGGUAUGCCUGCUGGCAUACGUGAGAUCGUCUUGAAAGGAAUGUUACACAUUUGAAGAGGUUGAAGCAAGCGACAAAUAUGACGAAAUAAACGCAUUUAUAGCUAUUGGUGUAUAUACUUUCAAGUGGAAAAAAUGUUCUAAAAAUACCAGUUCUCUGUUUCGCAAAUAUGGUUCAGGCAGUGCAAUAUUGCCACUUACUUAUAAACAUUUCAAACUCGCUGGGAGAUGGCGGUGCGAGUUGAAAGUAUUCGCUGAGCCAUAUAUCGUUAUGAGUUCGUGUUUUGGUCGUCUCUCGUCAUGUUCUUGGAUAUUCAUCCGUUACUGAAAGAUAAUCUCCACACUUGAAGAUGUAAAGCAAGCAUUAGAUAU